UUGACUACCCGUUCGGUCGCAAGUUCCCAUCGAAUCCUCUCAACCAACCAACCAACCACCAAAAACAAACCAACAAACACCAUGAAGUGCACCAUCGCCAUCGUAUUCGCCGCCCUCUUCGCCGUCGUCCUGGCCGCUCCCGCUCCCGAUGCGGAGGCCCAGAUCCUGCGCCUGGAGUCCGACGUCCAGCCCGAAGGCUACAACUUUGCUUUGGAGACCAGCGAUGGCAAGAAGCACGAGGAGCAGGGACAGCUGAAGGAUGUGGGCACCGAGCACGAGGCCAUCGUGGUGCGCGGAUCCUACUCCUUCGUGGCCGAUGAUGGCCAGACCUACACCGUCAACUACAUCGCCGACGAGAACGGAUUCCAGCCCGAGGGAGCCCAUCUGCCCAAUGUGCCCAUCAGCAACUAAGCGGAAUCGGAUACGCUAACCGAGAGCUGUUCUAUCUAUAAUGGUUUCUAGUUGAUUAUUAAAUAAACGCGGCAAGAAAAUCGAA